GAGCAUUACCCCGUAUCAUAGAGCUAUGUACUCGAGAUAUAUGUACUACUACAUACUAGGGGGCCCCAAACUCUACAGAUCGAUCGGCAACUAACAACCAAACCGGCGGCGCAUCCCUUUUCGAAUCCACCCUUCGUACUAUCGAUAAAUUACCACAUUCCAGAACAGCCCCACCAAUUCCGGAUUCGAAACGGCUGAGUGAAUAAGAACGCUCUGUUUGCAUCUUUCUCUUUUCUGUUUCUCUUUUUCUUCUCUUCCCUAGACCGUCCCUUGUAUAUAUAUACCUUACCACUGCUCGCAUUCUGGUUCACCCGUUCAAAUCCACCGGAACCAUAUCACCUCGGCGUCAUACUUGUUUUUAUCUUUCUCCGUCCCUUUCUUCCUCUUCUACACCACCACCAUGUUGUCUGCUGGUGAACGGCCUCAGCCGCCGACUCUCAAUGCCGUCCUAGACUCUCCCGUAAAACCCGUUGCCCUCAACCACUCCGCCCACUCUACUGCAACCUGGCCAGAGAUGGACCAGGUUGGGAAUAUCCAGCACAUCUGGGUCAUCACCGGCCCCGCAGGAUGUGGGAAAAGCACCGUUGGCCUCGGCCUGCAACGGAAAUUAGAUUGUCCCUUUCUCGAGGGUGACGACUUCCACUCCCCCUCCAACAAACAAAAAAUGAGCCAAGGCGCCCCCCUCACCGACGAAGACCGCUGGGACUGGUUAAUCUCCCUGCGCAAAGCCGCCAUCGACUCCCUCUCCCCCUCCGACUCGAACAACUUCCACCCGCCCUCCGGCGUCAUCGUCGCCUGCUCCGCGCUGAAGCAGAAAUACCGUGAUGUCAUGCGCGUUGCUGCGUACGGAACACCUCUCGUCCAGAUCCACUUUAUCUACCUGCGGUUGUCGGAGAGCGUGCUUAUCCAGCGGGUGAAUCAGCGCGAGGCGCAUUAUAUGAAGAGUGGGAUGGUGCAUUCGCAGCUUGAGGUGCUCGAGGAGCCGCUGGGUGAAUGGGAUGCGUUGACUGUUAAUGUUGAGGGGCCGAAGGAGGAUGUGCAGAAGAAUGUGUGGGAGUUGGUUGGGGCCAAGUUGGCGGAGUAUGAGUAGUCGCUUGCCCCGUCUCUCUUGCUGUUCUUCGUUUGUUUUUCCUUUUGGUAUUGGUUGGGACAUUAAAAAGCAUACGCAUGCAUGGUCUCCAUCCCGGUGUCUACGGAGUUCUCAUGCGCUGGGAAGCAUGAGGUCUGUUUUCGGCAUUAUUUUCGGAGUUUCUGUUUACUGGUUUCUGCAUUGUUUAUGUCGGUUUGAAACGAUUUAUACCCCGUCGUUUAGGGGCAGAACUGCUUUUCUUGUCAUGUCUUUUGCCCCGUCUUGAUUUCGAAUACCCAGUGAAAUACAAUUGUUUCAAAGUUAGUUUCUACUGAUGACUUUUGCAAUAUCGUGGUUGCUCUUGUAUGCUAUCGUAGACUCCAGACAAAACCGAUACCUUGCAGAUCAUCUGUCAUUUGUGUUCCUAAUCAUUUUUCCUAUCAUAUUAGACUAACAGAUACAUAAAGUCAUUGCACAC